CAAAUAUAUAUUAAGACUAGAAUAUAAGUAAUAUCCAACCGUCUCUUGUUCCUUUGGCAUAAAUUCCUUCUUUAUUAUCCCAAACACUCCCACACACUCAAACACGCGCAUCAAUUCCAAUCUCUCCAAACUCAGAAAAAUCUCCAAGAAAUGUUGAGAAACGUGGCUAAUCGGCUCGUUGGAACAUUUUCAAGGCCGGCGGGGGCUCCGGCGAGGGGCGUGCUGCAGCUCCAGAGGUUGUACCAUGAGAGAGUCGUGGACCAUUACAACAAUCCUAGAAACGUCGGGGCCUUCGACAAGACUGAUCCGACAGUCGGCACCGGGCUCGUCGGCGCUCCGGCUUGUGGCGAUGUUAUGAAGCUUCAAAUUAAAGUCGACGAGGAGACGGGAAAGAUUACUGAUGCUUGUUUCAAGACUUUCGGCUGCGGCUCGGCUAUCGCCUCGUCUUCCGUUGCUACUGAAUGGGUGAAGGGGAAACAGAUGGAGGAAGUCUUAACCAUCAAGAAUACAGAAAUUGCAAAACAUCUCUCUCUCCCACCAGUCAAAUUGCAUUGCAGUAUGCUUGCUGAGGAUGCAAUCAAAGCAGCUGUGAAGGACUAUGAGGCAAAGCGUGCAAAACAAAAUGGGAGUGCUGAAGCUCCACUUGAGAAAGCAGCUGAUGCUUGAAGUUUCUUUCGUGGCACUGCUUUCACAUUAGUAGCAGAAUUGUAAUUGAUGUAGCACUGUGUUGCAGCCUUUUUCUGCUCCUUAUCCACCUUUUUUCUGCCUCUCUGUCUCUGUCCUUUCUCCUCGCCCUUGCACAAUCAUAUGUGCAGAUCAGCUAUAUUUGACAUGGUUUUUUGUGUGCUGAAUUUGCCUCCCUAUGAUGUCCUUAGAAACAAUAUAAAAUGAUGUAAAUUUGAUAUACAAAGUGAGCUACUUGGCUUGUAAUAAGAUAUGUAUGCAUUGGUGUUUGUACCUAUCUUCCCAUGGUGUUGAGACCAUUUCAACAGCAACACUCUACUGUUUUUUU